AUGGAUAAAUUUGUUAUAAAACAGCCAAGAUUAAAUCCUGAAUUAGAAAGCAAGGUAGACGAUGCGACUAAAAAAAAGCUUUUAGAAAAUCCUUGGUCUCCAGAUUUUAAAUUUAAAUUUCCAUCUUCCGGUCCCAGAAACUUAAAAUUUCAAAUGCGUUGGUUAUCUGACUGGAAUUGGCUGGUAUAUUCCCCAGCAAUGGAUGCUGCGUUCUGCAAGUUUUGUGCGUUAUUUUCCACUGUUGUAGGAGAGAAAGGAUCGAGCGCAGGAAAACUAGUUAAAAUUCCAUUUAGAAAAUGGAAGGAUGCAAGGGAAGAUUUUAAAAAACAUUCAGAAAACAGCUAUCAUAAAAAGUGUUUAGAGAAAGCGGCUAAUUUUCUAGCAACAUAUUCUGGGGAAAAGGACAAUAUUCAAUUAAUGCUUAAUAAAGGAAGAAAAUUUCAAAUAGAAAAAAAUAGAGAAUCCCUCAAACCUAUUAUUAAGACGGCUAUUUUUCUUGCUAAAAUGGUGCAAUCUUUUAGAGGUCAUCGCGAUUUUGGUCCUUUCGAUUUUAACGCCCCACUACAAAGAGGAGAAGGAAACUUCAGGUCUCUUUUAAAAUUUAGAAUGGAUUCUGGAGAUGAUAUUUUGACCAAUCAUUUAAAAACUGCCAGACAAAUUAGAGCAGAAGCCGAAAGUGGAAAAAUUAAAAAGAUUGUGUGCAACAAGAUGGAUUCAAGACAUGACUCAGUUAAUGCAUUUAUUUCCUUACUUCCUGUCAUUAUUAAAGCACUAGAUGUUAUUACAAACUGGAGUGAUAACAAAACUGCUACUGAUGCUCAGUUGCUCUCGGCUGCAAUUUGCAAAUGUGACUUUCUUUUGAGUCUUUUCGUGGUUAACUCGGUGUUUGAACUCACUUUACCGCUUAGUAAGUACCUUCAAACAGAAAAUCUAGACCUCCGUUUAGCUGUUGAAUCUGCAGACAAAACGAAAGAAUCACUAGAACAGUUAAGACAAAACGCAGAUGAAACUUUUACCAAUAUUUUUGGGCAAGUAUCAGCACUUUGCGAUGAAUUUGGUGUUAAUAUGUCUCUUCCAAGGACAGUAAUUUAUAAAACAAAGAGAAAUAAUGUACCAGCUUCCACGCCAGAAGAAUAUUACAGAAGAUCUGUUUUUAUCCCCUUUUUUGAUGAAAUUAUACAAUCCAUAAAUGAUAGGUUUGUUGCACACAAAGAGAUUUUAAAACCAUUUCAGGACUUACUAAGUGCACAGUAUGAUAAGACGAUAGGCAAAUCAUUUCAAAAUCUAGUACAUUUUUACGGACUUGAUGACACAAACAUAAAAGGAGAAAUCAUACUUUGGAAACAGUUUCUAAAAGAUUUGCAACAUAAACCGACGCCAAAAAAUGCUCUUGAAGCUCUUGAUACAUGUAAUAAGAACUUAUUCCCUCUUGUUUAUAAUUUACUCCUAAUAAUGGCGACCUUACCUGUAACAACCUGCACAUGUGAAAGGUCAUUUUCAUCGCUAAAAAUACUAAAGACGUAUUUAAGAAAUUGUACUAGCGAAGAGAGACUAAAUGGUUUAGCUUUGAUGUUUAUCCAUCAGGAUAUUCAAAUAGAUGAAGAAGAAGUAUUAAACCAUUUGGCUAAAAAGCAACGCCGUUUGGACAUUUUAUUAUAA